AUGGCCCUGCGUGCUGGGGCUGCUUGGUUUGGGCAAGUCCUGCGAAGAGCCUCCAGAUUGCAGGGCACCUGGUCCAGGAGAUCCAGUAGCCUCUUGUGUCUUUCUUCAUCCCAGGAAAACGAACAGGGAGUAGGGAGAGGUGACCAACCCUGCAUCCAUCAGCACCAUCACAGCCACCCCCUCCACUCCCACUCCUCAGGUGGCCAGCCCAGCCAUUGCUGUCUGCAACUUCCCAGCGGCUGCUGCGCCCUCUCAGCCAGGACGGGGGGACAUGAUCCCCUCACUAGCCGGUUGCUGGUGGCCAUGAAGCGGCAGAACGUGCGGACUCUGUCCCUUAUCAUCUGCACGUUCACCUAUCUGCUGGUCGGUGCCGCUGUCUUUGAUGCCCUAGAGUCCGACUACGAGAUGCGGGAGGAGGAGAAGCUUAAAGCAGAAGAGAUCCGUCUCAAGGGGAAGUAUAACAUCACCAGCGAGGACUACAGGCAGCUGGAGCUGGUCAUCAUGCAGUCGGAGCCUCACCGGGCAGGGGUCCAGUGGAAAUUUGCUGGAUCUUUUUACUUUGCCAUUACUGUCAUCACUACUAUAGGUUAUGGACACGCUGCUCCAGGCACAGAUGCAGGAAAGGCGUUUUGCAUGUUCUAUGCUGUCCUGGGGAUCCCCCUUACUCUGGUGAUGUUUCAGAGUCUUGGUGAGCGAAUGAACACCUUUGUAAAGUACCUCCUGAAACGGAUCAAGAAAUGCUGCGGAAUGCGUAGUACAGACGUCUCAAUGGAAAAUAUGGUGACUGUUGGUUUCUUUUCCUGCAUGGGCACCCUCUGCAUUGGAGCUGCAGCUUUUUCCCACUAUGAAGAUUGGAGCUUUUUUCAGUCUUACUAUUAUUGCUUUAUAACUUUAACAACAAUAGGUUUUGGAGACUAUGUGGCUCUUCAGAAAAACAGAGCCCUCCAAAAGAAGCCAUUAUAUGUGGCAUUUAGCUUUAUGUACAUUUUAGUAGGUUUGACAGUAAUUGGGGCAUUUUUAAAUUUAGUUGUUCUCAGGUUUUUAACCAUGAACAGUGAGGAUGAAAGGAGAGAUGCGGAGGAGCGUGCAUCUCUAGCAGGAAACCGUAACAGCAUGAUUAUACAUAUUCAAGAAGACUCACAGCAUGGUCGGCCAAAAUAUAAGACCGAAGUAACAGACCUUCAGUCAGUUUGCUCUUGCAUGUGUUAUAGGUCUCAUGAGUACACCAGCCGAAUGGUAGCUCACCAAAAUGCAUUCAGUUCCAAGCUGAACCCUCAGUACUUUCAUUCUAUAUCCUACAAGAUUGAGGAAAUCUCACCAAGCACAUUAAAAAACAGUCUAUUCCCAUCCCCUGUAAGCUCAGUGUCACCUGGGUUAAACAGCUUUACAGAUAACCGCAGGUUAAUGAAAAGGCGAAAGUCAAUUUAA